UCUCCCUUCUCCCGCGAACGGUGCUUACUCGCGUGGUUUUUACGAAUCUCUCUGCUCCUCCAGCUUCGUGGGCCACGUUUUCCGCGACGGUGGUUACCAGGUGCAGUUUGCCGCUUUGCAUUGCUGCCGCGGGGACAAGGUCCACAUACACCUCUCGCCACUACCACCGUCUGUGCAUCCUCACCGCCACGCUGAGCCAGCGCGGCGGUGAGUUGCACUUUGGGACACCAUCCGCCUACUAUCUGUUGUGUCCUGGUUCGCCCGCGAGGGACUCACCAGGUCGAUUUCGGCCCCGGCCGGGGAGCAGGGCGAGGGCUAGACUCACCCUCAAGGGAUGACCGAAACCUUCUUGCUGCUGCGCAUAUGCCGCGAGGCGUGCGUGUGGUGGUGGAGUUGGGUCGGCACUGAUGGGGUCAGGCGGGAAAAUGUAGAUGCGCGGGCCUUUCUGGCCGUCGGCUUAGGCAGUGAUGCCCAUCUCAUUUUUCUGCGCGGAGGCAGACACCAUCAGAAAGGUGGACGGGCACUACACGGCCCUAGGUUUGCUAGAGGGAGCUGUAUUGCCUCAGUAACCUGGCUUCGCCAUCAAAGGAGGAGGGAGCAGGUGGCGACGAGCUGAACUAGGCUGGUUGACCAUUCGGCGCGAGAAUUUUUAUUUUUUUCAGACCAAGAACCUUGAGUGCAAUGAGGGAGAAAGCGAGGAACGGACUGGGAAGGACAGCAACGAGAGCGUGUACGGACGGAGCAGGUCGAGUGGCGUUUUGCUCGGGCUGACUACAGCGGCGCCGGAUGGAGCAAUGGCACCGGAGCAUGCGGACGACAUCGACCCGUGGCGCACGGACAUACAUUUCUAUCUGUGUUGUCAACUUUUUUUCGUUUUUUUUCUGACUUUCCGUGUUGUUUAUUUUUUAUUUUUCUUAAUAUGACACAACGAGUCCAUCUCUAUUAUAGAAUAGAGUCAUAGACAGAUUAACAAUGGAAUCAUAGCGUCAGAGAAAACUACCUGUAGGCAGCAUAUAGGGACAUCUCCCCUGCGGGUAACAGGUUUUGUGUGAUGACAUCGUCACCGGUUUUGUAGAGAGAAACGUCAGAGAUGGCGUGGCUAACCCUGGUGCAUUGGUUUUGUGCCUGAUCGUGGAAGACCCAUUCAAUGUGGAACGAUUCUGAGAUAGUGUCGAUAUUUUUCACUGCAGUGCCUACACAGACGAUCGGGAGAGAUUCGGGUGAUUGUCAAUUGCUGCAAUGAUGGCUUUGGUUGGUUGUUCUUUUUCACUGUAAGGCCGCAGACACAUUCUGACAGCAUUUCAGACAGCAGCUUUGUGCCCCGCCAGCUGCUUGUUCCAUGCCUACCAUGGUGAUUUUGUACAGACAGCACUUCAGACAGCAUUAUGCUGUAGUCGGCAAUCUUCCGUUUUGGUAUAGAGUGGGACAGGGAGGGGGUGAUGCUGCUGUAGUCGAACGGUGGGACGGACGUGCAGUUCAGUUUUUGGGCACGCAUACGGUGCUGCAGGGAUUUUUAGGUGUACCUCUUCGGGCUCAUGGAUACCUUUUUCUCGUUAUAUGUGUGCGUGUUCUUUAGAUCCU